CUUUUAUUAUGAGGAGCACAAAUAAAGGAGAUAAUGGGAAGCAAGUAUAGAGAUAGAGAGAACGAAGAAAGAAAGAGAGACAAGGAAGCAGCGGAGAUGGAUAGAAAUAGGGAAGCUAGAAGACUACCCAUGGCGGCUGCCGGAAAUGGCUUGUCACGGCGGAGGCAUAGAGCCGGAAGCUUUAGAGAUUCUCCAGAGGAGGAUGUUCCGGUGGAGUUACCGGAGGCGGCGAGGCUGAGAGAUCGUACGAAGAAGGAACGAGAUCGGGAGCGUGACAGAGACCGUGAGAGGGAAAGAGAACGGGAUAACAGAGAGCGAGAUCGGUUACAUAGCCGGAGCAAACGACGGAGAGGAGAACGUUUAGUGAUGGUUCACGGUAAUUUAGACGACGGUGGUGACGACAGCUCGGAAGAGAGUGUCAACGACGAUGAAGAAUAUGACGACGGCGGCGGCGGAGGACCACCACCGUCCUCGUUAAAGAUGCUUCCUCCCUCUAGUAACAUCUCCUCCGCCGCCGCUUCUUUCUCGUCGUCUCUUUCGAAUCACCACAGCCACCACCACCACCACCACAGCCAUAACCACCAGAGAAAAAACUUCCCUCCUCCGACGACGUCGACGUCGAAAGUUUUCAGAUCGCCUCCUGCUCCGGCGCCGGUCGUCUCGUCGUGGAAGGCCGCCGAUGAGAUGAUCGGCGUAGCCGUUCCUAGAAAAGCUCGGUCAGCCUGUACGAAGAGGCCGCAUGAAUCGUGGGCGUCAAGUGCUACCGGCGGUGGUGUAUUCGCUUCCGGAGAGCAAAUCCACCGCCAAGUGUCUCCGGCUUCUAAUUUAGCCUCUCCCUCUCCUCCUGCUCCUACAUCUCCCUCUUCAUCUAACGUCUCUGCACGGAAAAAGAUGCCGUUGGGGACGAAACAAAAGCCGCUCCCGCCGAAGUCAUCGUCGGGGAAGUUAUCAUCGUCCUCUCCCGUGGCGGCGGUUCAAGACGAGAUCGAGAUAGAGAUUGCAGAGGUGCUGUACGGAAUGAUGCGGAUGCCUCUAGCGGCUGCGUCGAAACAAGAGCCUUCCGGUGGUGAGGAAGAUGCGAAAGCAGCGGCGGACGUCAAAUCUAGAGCUUCUUCACCGAUCUCUAAUUCUCAAGGUGUUCUUCAGUCUUCCACCGUCACACUUGGUGCGAAUUCGAGCUCCUCUAAUGUUAACGCCAUUGUUCCUAAAAGAAAGAAGCCGAGGAUUAUCAAAUACGACGACGAGAACAGUUCGAGUUUACCGUCACGCGCCGUUAAAUCGGAAGCUGAAGCUCCGUUGAAAAGUCAAGUUCCGUUGGGUGAUCAGCUGAAGAGAUCGGGAUCCGGCGAAGAAAAAAACAGCGCUGUGUUGGAUUCGACCAAUCCACAGGGUAAAGAAAGCGACGCGUUGUUAGAUUCGAGAUCAGCUGAGAAGAAAGAAACUAAUCCGCCGAAAGAGGAAACAGUAUCGCCAAAAGUGGAAACUUCCCCAGGAAUUAGAUCCGAUGGUGAUGGGGCUAAAAUAAGUUCGCCGGAGAAAGAGAAAAAGUUUGAGAUAGAUCUGAUGGCGCCACCUCCGGUUAGAUCGACAUCGGAGAGAGGCGGUGAGAUGGAAUGCGUGGCUGCAGAAGCUAGCCCUAAAGUCACGGAAGUGGAAACGGAAGCAAAGCCUUUGCUAAAGGAGGACGGAGGUAAUGCGACGAUUAUUGAGUCUGAGGAGAAGAAGAGACCUAGAGCAGUGGCUGAAACCGAGCCUCGUAAGUCAGAGAGGAGUUGUGAGCUUAAACUCGACUUGGAGAAAUCUGAUCAUGUGGGUGUAGUAAACAAGCAUCAUGUUCAGAAACAGCCACCACCCCCUCCACCACAACAACUAUCUGUUCAAGAUAAAACAGCUCAAGCUACCCCUAUGCCUAUGCAUAUGUCAAUGCCUGGCUGGCCUGGAGGUCUUCCUACAAUGGGAUACAUGCCGCCUACACAAGGAGCUGUGCCCACGGAUACUAGCUCCUUAUCAUCUGCGGCAAUGCAGCCCCCGCAUUUACUUUUUAAUCAACCGAGGCCUAAGAGAUGUGCAACCCACUGCUAUAUCGCUCGUAACAUUCAGUCCCAUCAGCAAUUUACAAAGAUGAAUCCGUUCUGGCCUGCAGCAGCAGGCUCAGCUCCAUUGUACGGGACCAAGGCCUGCAAUCUCAGCCUCAUGCCUCCCACAGAACUGCAGGGGACUGUUUUGGGAAGAAGUUCCCAUCCUGUUCCAGAUGUGAACUCUCAAUCUACUUCCAAAAGCUCAGAUACAGCUCAGAGAAGUCAAAUAUUGCUCCAACAAGCUCUGCCACCUAAUAACAUGAUGCAUGGUCCGACAUUCAUUAUCCCCAUGGGCCAACAACCUCAUGCAGCUCCUGCAUCUGUAAGACCUCCUAAUAGUUCCAACACAACUUCUUCUGGUGCGGCAGCCACUGCAAACUCCAUGAAUGGCUCUGCAUCAGCUACUCCAGCUGGUGCCCCAACAAUGACCUUCAGUUAUCCAGGCAUGCCAGGCAACGAAACGCAGUACCUGGCAAUUUUGCAGAAUAAUGGCUAUCCGUUUCCAGUCCCAGCACAUGUUGGUGCACCACCUGCUUAUAGAGGAGCUCCGGGACAGCCGAUGCCAUUUUUUAAUGGUUCGUUCUAUUCCUCCCAAAUGAUCCAGCCUCCGUUUUCUCAGCCACAGAAGCAACAACAGCAAUCGCAGCAGCAGCAAGCUGGUCAAAUGCCCCAGAGCCAUUCUCCAAGCAACCAGAACGGAACUGUUUCCACUAGUUCCUCUGCAGCUCAAAAGCAUCUGCAGAACCAACAGCUGAGGCCGCCGUUAAAUCAUGGGAACUCCCAAGGAUUUCCAACUCACAAAGUCCAGUCUCAGCCUCUGAAUUUUCAGCAGAGGCAUCAACCGAGAGAAAAUACGACUCAACAUAGCGAGACUGUUGGAGAAGAUAGCCCAUCAACUGCUGAUAGCCGGUCUUCUCGUUCCAGUAUUGCGUAUGGCCAGAACUAUGGUAUGCAGAUGCAGCCAACAAACUUGGGUUUGAUGAGUUCAGCAACCCCGGGAGGUGGAGUGGUCGUAUCUUCGAGCAAACAUGGUGAAAAGAAAUCACAGCAGCAGGGUUCAAAGGCUGGUAUGGAAUCGUUUCAGUCCCAGGGUUAUGCUAUGACCUUUGCGACAUUCAAUGGGGCUAGUAGUGCUCCUUCUCUGAACAUGUCAUCAAUUCCUCAGAAUCACCCUAUGUUCCACUCUAUGCCGGAAGCAGCAAGGCAAGGUUAUCAAAUGAUGGCAGCGAAUGUUGCCGCAGCUCAAGCAGCUCAACAGAAAAUGAACUACGGUGCUCCUUCAGAUGAUGGAAAAUCUGGGUCUAAUGCUACUGCUAGUACGAUGGAAGAACAGAGGAAGACAGGAGGAGGAGCAACAGGGAAAACGAGUGGUGUGAAUGGUGGGCAGUCGAUUGCUUUCUCAAACAAACACGACCUGGCUGAUGCAUCUGUUUCUGCUGUACCGAGUGGUAGCAUCGUUGAUACAUCCCGUUUGCUCAACCUUGGUUCUGCUUUGCCACAGAGUUCCAGUUCUAUGACGAAUUCCCAUCAGCAGCAGCUUAUGCAACAGCAGCAGCUUAUGCAACAACAGCAGCAGCAGCAUAUGCAACGGAAUCAGUCGCAGCAACCUUAUCCCACCAUGUAUCUCCAGAAGCAGCAACGGUAUGCAACAUCAGUGGCUGCAUCUGCUGCUAGAACCAAAGGGUCGGUAGCGAAUAAUGGGAGUGGUUUCCCGGAUCACAGUAUCACCGUAUCGCCCGCUGGAGCCGCCAAGUUUCAAAAUGCGAACACAGGCUUUCCUCAGAACCUUGUCCAGUCAAGCAGCAAUCAGGUGCAGUCAACUCAGUGGAAAAACAAUUCACCAAGGACAACAAACACUGCCCAAGCUCAGUCUCCUUCCAUACUGUCCCCAUCAUCUUCUGCUGCCGCUGCAUCUGCAUCGUCCCUAAGAAACGUCUCGCAUAAACAACAAAGCCGUCCUCAGCAAUCGCAGAUAUCUUUUGCGGCAAACUCGAAACCAAUGGCUUCUGGUUCACCAAUGCAACAGAUGCAAGGAGGUGCCAACAAUCGAGCUCCGUCUCCUCCAGUUUUAGUUGGAUCACCUUCUACGUCUUCGGUCUCCAAAAAUGCCAGCGGAAGUCCAAGAACAACUGCUUCCGCUUCCUCUGCGGUGAACAAAGCCGGACAAGCUUCCUCUACUACUCACUCAUCAUCUCAGCCGUCCAAGAACUUACAGUCUGCAUCUGUGGCGUCAUCUACGGGUGGAAGGAAUAAUGGUCCUUCAGUUCUCGGAAACCCCACCACCAGCUCUGGAUCCAAGUCCCAUCAACAGCAACAGUUGUCAAAGCAUGGGUUGCAGCAGCAAGCCCAGCAGCUCUUCUUUUCGAAUCCUUACUCGCAAUCUCAACAUCAACAGCAGCAGAUUACUAUAUCUCCUUCCGGAAGUUAUUACAUUCAAAGACAUCAGCAACAACCAGGUUCAACAGCUGCUGCUGGCGCCUCAUGUACUCCUGUCACCCUCUCCAGCUGCACAACAGGAACCGUAACUGCCACUUCAGAUCCAGCAAAAGCCAUCGCAGCUGCAGCAGCAGCAGCAGCGAAUAACUUGAAAGGAGGAGGUGGUGGAAUGGGGAAGGCGCAGCAACAUCAGUUGGGGCCUCCAGGGUUCACGUAUGUACACGCGGUUCCCUCUGCGGUUCAGGUUAAACCCGCAGAUCAGAAGCAACAAGCGGGUGAGUGAAAGAACCCCCCUAAACCCCAUUUUUAUAACUUAAAAAGCAAAAAAAAAAAAACAGUGAAUGGUUGGGAAAGUUGCGGUUUAUAGCUUGUGCUGGCGGACACGAAAGAUUUUAAAGUCGGAAGAAAGGAGAAGGGACAAAGCCACACAAGUGUUGACAAUUUUUUUCGGGAGGUGCUUUAAAGCAUUGUGUACAAUUAGUGUUUAUAUUAUUCUGACAGGUUCAGUUCCAAAAACCAAAAAAAAAAAAAAAGCAAAACCACUAAAGUUCUAAUUUUCACAAAAUAUAUUCGUUCUUCUUGAGGAGGUUAGAGUG